CGACGCCGGGACAAACAGUCCGAUACGACACGCAGCGCGCUACGCCGCAAAGGAGUACGACUAGAUCACCAUGCUGAGGCUCGUGUGCGUUGUCGCGUGCGUGGCGCUGGCCGGCGCGGCCCCCAGCGGCCUGGGACUGGGACUCGGUGGUCUCCAGCUCGGCGGCCUGCAGCUCGUGCAGUCCCCGCAGUCCGUGGUCGUCGCCCAGCCCAGGCUGAUCGCCGCCGCCGCCCCCCAGACUGUGAUCGCCGCCCCCGCCUCCGUGGGCGCCACCAUCAUCGGCCCCCAGGCUCCUCAGGUCCUCGUUGCUGCCCCCGCGGCCGCCCCCGCCGUCGUCGCCGCCCCCAUCGCCGCCCCCACCACGCUGAUCGCCGGCCCCCGUGAAGCGGACGCCGUCGUGGUCGGCCCCCAGGCUGCCAGCGCCACCAUCGUCGGCCCUCAGGCCGCCCCCGCCCUGGUCGCCGCCCCCGCAGCCGUGGCCGCCGUGGCCGCCCCCACCACCGUGAUCGCUGGUCCCCGUGAGGCGGACUCCGUCGUGGUCGGUCCCCAGGCCGGCAGCGCGACCAUCGUUGGCCCCCAGGCCGGCAGCGCCACUGUCGUGGCUGCCGCCCCCGCCCCCGCUACCCUGGUGGCUGCCGCCCCCGCCGCUGCUACCCUGGUGGCUGCCGCCCCCGCCGCCACCACGCUGGUCGCUGCCGCCCCCCAGGCCGCCCUCGUCGGAGGCAUCAACACCCUCGGCCUCAACUCCCUGUCCAUUGCCGGUCUGGGUGGUCUCAGGAUCGCUGGCCACUGAUCUCUGACUUACUAAAGAGUGGAACUGAUCAAUUUUGUGCACUGGUAAAAUGGAACCAAAAUAAAACGCCCUUGAAUGAACGAAAA